GUACGCGCACCGGCCGGUGGCGAGUUGACCUGGCGCCAUGCCGUUGCCGUCGCCAACCGGCACUGCACGGGAUGCUUCUCCUUGCCACUCGCGCGAGAGUCAGCUCGCUCCUGGCGGCGAGUUGGCCAUUUUUCUAUCGGCCGACGCGCGCGACGUCGACCACGCUCCGCCCAGUCGCCCACCGCGCACUACAAACCCGCAGCCCGCCUCGCCUCGCGCUCGCUUCCUUGGAUCACUCGCCACCUCCACGCCCCAGCCUGACGCCCCCUGCCAUCCUCCUCCCCGUUUCAACGCCUCCUCCUACUAUUUCUUAACUCGCUCCGGCCGGUCGGAGCGACCCAUCCAUCUCCAUCCAUCCCUCGGCAAUGGACAAGGCGUUGGCGGGCAUGGCGGACGCGCCGGGGGCGGCGCCGCCGCCGUACGUCAGCCCGUCGGCGGCGUUCCCCAUCGCGAUCGUCAUCGCCAUCGGCUUCAUGGUCACCUCCGUCAUCCUCGUCAGCUACUACCUGCUCGUCGUCCGCUGCUGGCUCCGCGCCAGCGGCGCCAGCCUGCUCCCGCGCACCCGCCGCGACGAGCUCGUGGACCGCGUCUCCGCCGUCUUCUUCACCGACCACGACGCCGACCAGCUGCCCGGCGGCGUCGACCCGGAGGUCGUCGCCGCGCUCCCCGUCGUCAGGUGCCGGCCGGCCGGGAAGGCGGUCGAGUGCGCCGUGUGCCUGUCCGAGUUCGCGCCCGGGGAGCGGCUCAAGAUGCUGCCGGCCUGCUCCCACGCCUUCCACAUCGACUGCAUCGACACCUGGCUCCACCACAACGUCAGCUGCCCGCUCUGCCGGACCGAGGUCACCGCCGCCGCGGGCAAGGCCUGCUGCGACGACCACGACGCGCUCGCCGCCCGCGACAGGCGCAUCGACGCGGGCCCCUCGGGGCCGGGGGGCUCCUGCCGGUUUCCCACUCCCAAGCAGGGCGUCGCCGUGCAGGAGCCCAUCAGGCGGUCCAUGUCCAUGGACUUCCUGCCGGGCGACCGCGGACGGAAGCCGCGGAAGGAGGCCGAGCUGCCGAGCCACGCCGACGUGGCCGGCAGCAGCAGCAGCGUGGCCGCCACCCCCGCCGGCGUGGGCGAGACGAGCGGGCGGUUCCGGCGGCUCAUGUCGUCGUUCGGGCUCGGGCGGAGCUCGCGGAGCACGGUGCUGCCCAUCCACCUCGACCCAUGAACCCAUCAUGGCACACACGAUCUCGAGCGGCCGGUUCGUACGUGAUCGACGCUUUUGUGGUUGAUUAAACUCCCCGCUUGCCUGCCUGCCUAAUGUAGCUGAGGAUGGAUGUACGGAUUACUGUUCUGUGUUCAUGCAAGCAAUGUACAGCCCGUGGUAGGAGACUGCUAGUAGUUUUUGGAUGAAUUCCGCCAUCAUUC